GAAGGCUAGAGAUAAAGUGGAGCGGAAUGAUAGAAGAACUAUCAGAUAAGGCACCAAAUCAUUUUCAAAAGUCAAAACAUCCACGCAAAUAUAAGCGUGAUUCAUUUCUACUCUAUGUCGUUACUGUACAGUCUACUUGUUCUAAGCUCAACAAUCUCUUUUGCAUAUGAAGCAAAUUUGCAUUGCGACAAUGGGCUAUUCUGCGGCAGAACACCACAUCGCACGUGGCUGGCCCGACGAAAAGUAGCGCAACGUCUGGCUGAGUUGCAUGAGCUCUCCCAGGGCGAAGGAUUCAUUUCGAAAAACUCGUCAAUUUACCCGAUAUACCAGCAAAAAGACAUGAUGUGCAAUGAUGAGCUGUAUGCAGGAUUUCUACUUGACGAUUUCUCAGACCAAUGGAAUGUGAGCUGCAUUUGGGCAGGUGUGGGUAUAGAAAUCGCUUGUGCGCCCGUACCUCCGAAAUACAAUAGAGUAGCCUUCGCAUACAUUGCGCCGCCAGAAUGGCAGAGACGGAUAAACGCUUUUCGUGUCAAAAUCGGAUGUUCACCAGAAAGAAUCAAUCAAACAUCUCAGAUCCCCGAGCUUUUCAUUUGCAAUGAGCGAUGUAUUCAAGGAGGUAUUGGGUUCAUUCCAAGUCUCAUUAUGCUCUUAUCUUUCUCGGCAGCAUUCAUCAAGAACUGUAUAGUGUGAACUGUGAAAUUACCACUAUAGAU